CCCUCCCCCCCGAGCUUGUGGAUCAGCCGAACCGAGCAGUCACCAACAACAACGUGGCCACCUGGAAGUGAGAUGCUGGAUGCUGAAGUGGAGGUCCGCGCCAUGCCGAAAAGGAAAGUUACGUUCGAGGACGGGGAGUUGGAGCUGGAGGAAGAGCUCCCAAACAAAAAGACGUGCGAGGCAGUCGCCGGACCAGGCUCCAGGUUUAAGGUGAAACAUUCCCUGGACAGCGACGAAGAGGAUGAAGGGGAAGAAACAAAAAGCAGCAGCAGCAAAUAUGAUAUUCUGGCCAGCGAUGAUGUGGAGGGCCAAGAGGGAGCGACCAUCGACUUUGACGAGGGCGUUUCAAUUACACCUUUCAACCUGGACGAGGAGAUGCAGGAAGGAUACUUUGACUCUGAGGGAAACUACUUCAUCAAAAAGGAAGAACAGAUUAGAGACAACUGGCUUGACAACAUUGAUUGGGUGAGAGUAAAAGAACAACCUUUCAAACAAAAGAAGAAAGGUCUUGGAGCCAAACGGAAACGCAGAGUCGGUGAUGAGGAUGAAGCUGAGGAAGAGAAACAGAGAGAAGAGAAGCGGGCAGACAAAGAAAACGAUGAAGGAGAAGACGAAGAGGAGGAGAUGGAGCCUGCAGAGGACCCGCUGGCCUCCUUCACCCAGCACCAGCUCACUGAAGCUGUGAUCGAACUGUUGCUACCCGGGGAGACCGUUACCACGGCGCUCCGUCGGCUAGGAGGCCUCGGGGGACGGAAGAAGGGGAAGCUGAGGGAGGAGAGCGAGGCCACCGAGGAGACCAAAAGGGAUACAGAAAAGCUCGACAGGCUCACGGCCCUCGCCGACAGACUGGUGGGGUCCGGGAUGUUUGAGAUCUAUCAGCAGACGUAUGAAAAACUGGCCUAUUUGAUGAAGAGCAUGAGCAGCAAGCGACCAGCUGUGGAGAAGACCGGGGGUGGUGAUGAGGAAGAAGAUGAACUUGAUAUGUUUGCAGAUAAAUUUGACGAGUCGCUUACAGGCCGAGCAGAGGAAGAGGAGGACAACAAAGUGAGUGACGAGGUGAUGUGGGAGUACAAGUGGGAAAACAAGGACGAUUCAGAGAUUUUUGGCCCUUUCACCAGUCAGCAGAUGCAGGAUUGGGUGGAUGAAGGUUAUUUCAGCACUGGUGUUUACUGCAAGAGGCUCGACCAGAAGGGAACUCAGUUCUACAACUCCAAGAGAAUAGAUUUUGAGCUGUAUACAUGAUCAAUGUCCAGCGGUGAAUGAAUCACAACCAUCAUGGUCAUGAAACAUAUUCAUUGUUUGGAGGCUUUGGUGUUAAAUCAAUCAUUUUAACAGGGGCUUUGUUUUCUGUACAUUGCUUUUAAAUAAAUAAGUCAUGUAUGUGGUGUUGCCAUCAGACAUUUUUCUGUCUAAUUGUACUCCUUAGAACUAUUGUAGGAACUUUUUAGGCUCAUUGAGAACUCCUUUAACUACGUGUUGCCUCUGUAGUUACUACUCUUGUGAGCAACACAAAUGGACUGCUGUACUAGAUUGUAUUAAAUGCCACUUCUGCUGCAAAGAAAUGAAUAUUCCCAGUGAAUAAAAUAGAUCAUUUUUAAACACA